CCUCAUCUUCUCCAGACUCCAUCUGAGAUCGACUGAUCGCGCAGGAAGAAAUGGAGAACAGGAAAGAAGACAGUAACGACGCUGGCGCUGUAUCAGCCAACUCUAAUGCUCAUGCACAAUCAACAACAGAGAGCUCCAAAAACGGUUCCAUCUCUGGCUUCGACUCUCUUCAUCGCCUCCUUCAAGCUUCCCUCACCCCCCAACUCUUUCAGGAAGUCAGCCGCUUGCUUCUUGGGCUAAAUUGUGGGAGAGCAGUUGAGGCCAUUGAACUUCCUGAGCCUGCCAAAGCUCUGUCAGCAAAACAUGGCUUUGAUCUUCAGGCAUUUUUGUUUCGUGCUGACAAAGAGUCGUUGAGAGAACCUCGGAUCGUCAGGGUUGGCCUCAUUCAGAAUUCUAUUGCUCUUCCUACGACUGCACCUUUCUUGGAACAGAAGAGGGCCAUAUUUCAGAAGUUGUCGCCCAUCAUUGAUGCUGCUGGGACUGCGGGAGUAAAUAUCCUGUGUUUGCAAGAGGCCUGGACGAUGCCAUUUGCAUUCUGUACUCGUGAGAAAAGAUGGUGUGAAUUUGCUGAGCCGGUAGAUGGAGAAUCUACACUGUUUCUUCAAGAGUUUGCUAGAAAGUAUAACAUGGUCAUUAUCAGUCCCAUUCUUGAGAGGGAUGUGAAACAUGGAGAGACGCUCUGGAAUACGUGUGUAGUCAUUGGUAAUCGUGGUAACAUUAUUGGAAAACACCGGAAGAAUCAUAUACCUAGAGUCGGGGACUUUAAUGAGAGUACAUACUAUAUGGAAGGAAACAAUGGCCAUCCUGUCUUUGAGACGGCUUAUGGCAAGAUUGCGGUUAAUAUAUGUUAUGGAAGGCAUCAUCCUCUCAACUGGUUAGCUUUCGGGCUAAAUGGAGCUGAGAUUGUUUUCAACCCUUCAGCUACUGUCGGUGAGCUCAGUGAACCAAUGUGGCCCAUCGAGGCUCGUAAUGCAGCAAUAGCAAAUAGUUACUUUGUUGCUUCAAUAAAUCGAGUUGGAACCGAAGUUUUCCCCAAUGCAUUCACAUCUGGAGAUGGAAAGCCCGAGCACACAGAUUUUGGGCAUUUCUAUGGUUCUAGCCAUUUCUCGUCACCAGAUGCUUCGUGCACACCGUCUUUAUCCCGUUACAGAGACGGCUUGAUCAUAUCGGACAUGGAUCUUAACCUCUGCAGACAACUCAAGGACAAGUGGGGAUUCAGGAUGACUGCACGAUACGAAAUGUAUGCAGACUUGCUUUCUCGCUAUGUAAAACCAGAUUUCGAGCCACAAGUCAUCUCUGAUCCCUUGUUACAUAAGAAUGCCUCUUAGAAACUAUCUGUAAUGUAAACAUUCAUUUGUCAAUAACUCAAGAACCACUGUUUAUUCUGCAUCAUUGCAUUCUAGUACAUUAAACUCCCAUUAUUACAGUACUUUGGUUGAAUAAAGAAAACCCUUUUUAGUU